UACUGAAGUCGAACGCGGUCUCAUUUUCUACAGACAUCAUGCCUGCUGAAGUUGCCAAACCCGCGCCCAAGAAGGGCUCCAAGAAAGCCGUAUCUAAGACCGCAGCGAAAGGCGGCAAGAAGCGCAGAAAGACCAGGAAGGAGAGCUAUGCCAUCUACGUGUACAAGGUGCUGAAGCAGGUCCACCCCGACACCGGUAUCUCCUCCAAGGCGAUGGGAAUCAUGAACUCCUUCGUCAACGACAUCUUUGAGCGCAUCGCCGGUGAGGCCUCUCGUCUGGCUCACUACAACAAGCGCUCCACCAUCACCUCCAGGGAGAUCCAGACCGCCGUCCGCCUGCUGCUCCCCGGUGAGCUGGCCAAGCACGCCGUGUCUGAGGGCACCAAGGCUGUGACCAAGUACACCAGCUCCAAGUAAACUUGCCACCUUAUCUUAAACAAACGGUCCUUUUAAGGACCACCUAACUACACUA